UAUAUACUACAAAUAAAUAUCACAAGAAGCAUAAGAUAUAUAAUAUAACUGACUGACCACCAUCUAUCUUUCUAUCUUCCUCUGCAACUAUUUCAUCCCCCACAAGCUUCCAAACAAAGAGAAUUAAUGGAAAGUGAGAUUUGCAAGUUUUAUUCUUGUUGUUGUCCUCUGAUAUGUAAUUUACGAUAAACACACCAAACCCAAUCUUAUCAAGUCAAUGGGUAUCUCUUCCUUUCUUGAUUCCCUAACUUCAAACCAUGGUUUCCCAAUCUAAACCCUCCAAGAUUCGACAUCUCUCAAUCCAUGGCUUGCUUUGAGAUCAUCAAGGAGAAGAAGAAGAUUCACCGAGUCUGGGGGUUUGGGCUUCUGGGUUUUUCAAUAUGACCACCGUAGCUGGCGGUCAUGGUGGCGGUUGUGGCGGUGGUGGUGGUUGCUCUGACGGUUUCAGUCUUAUGAGUCGAUUACAAGGGUAUGAGUAUUGUUGUAGUGAAAGUUGCUUAGGAUAUGAUCUAGUUGUUGUUGGUCCUAUGGCAGAAGAUGAGUCAAGAACUGAGAGUGUCAAUGAAGCAGGUUCGAGUUCGAAGGAUGUUCAAGAUGAGAGGGAGGAAGGGUGGCUUCAAUUGGGUAUCGGUAGUCACAUGACAAGUCAUGACAACAAGCCCGAAGAUCAGCUUGAUCAAACUACUAGAAGAGCCAGUUUGAUCGAGCUUGAUCUUCUACCUAGCGGGGGUAGCUCACAACAUGUGAGAUCACUACCACCGCCAGUUUUUCAUAUGCCUGAGUUUCGUGCGCCAAGGCCGGUUUCAAAUAUUACAAGUGCCAGUUUCUUGUCACAACGGGCAGCUAUUUCGACUUUCCCUCAUCAUCAAGAGAUUAACUGGGCGUUUAGGCCUAUGGCGCGAAACUUAACGGUAGCAGUUCCUUCUUCAUCGUCUUCUUCUUCUUUAAUGCCACCGGGAUCAUAUUUCACCCGGCCAUUUCAACUCCACGCUGGAGUAGAUGUACCUGCAGGGCCAAGUUUAGAUUUCAGAAUAGUUGAUCCUCCUCGGAGACCCCAUUCUGGGAUAUGGUUUAUGCUUCAAGCAUCACAAAAUCAAUCGAAAGAACCCUUUUUGCCUCAGAUACCCAAGAGCUACCUGAGAAUUAAGGAUGGAAGGAUGACAGUUCGAUUGUUAAUGAAGUAUCUGGUUAAUAAGCUCAGACUCGAUAGCGAAUCAGAGGCGCAGAUAGAGAUAACAUGUAGAGGGCAACAGCUUCUACCAUUCUUGACUUUGCAGCAUGUUAGAGACAACAUAUGGAGUCCAAGAAACGCACUCACUUUGCUUCCAGACUCCUCAACCACUGAUCACGUCAUGGUCCUACACUAUUCUAGGAGUGCUUAAUUAUUUAUUUGUUUCAUUUUAUCAUAAAUCCCCAAAAAAACAAAAGUUGCCCCAUUUAUUUAAUCGAAUCCCACAUGUUGUAUCAUUGUUAAAUUAUGCAACCCCCUUCUUGUUUUUCAAUUCCAGUGCAAAACUAAAAAUUGAUCACAUUAUAAGAUAUAUAGCAUAAAUGAAUGGACAAAAUUUUAC